CAUUCCUCACCCCCACUCUCUCCUCUUUCUCUCACACAAACAAAAUUUUACCCUCUCUUCAAUUCUUUCCUCCACUAUAUACUGUGUCCCAUAUAUAUAUAUAUAAACGGGAAAGGUGAUGGAUAUAUACGGAAUGUCGUCGUCGUCAUCAUCCGGGCAAGAUUUCUCCGCCGUUGACGAACUCCUUGACUUUUCCAUCCACGACUUCCCCCCUACCACCACCACCAACAAUGACGUCAUCCUUCACCAACAUUCCUCAUCCACCGCCCCCAUUCACAUCAACACCAUUGAUCAUAAUCAUCAUCAUAAUAAUAACAAUAAUAAUCAUAAUGUUCCUACAACCUAUAACCACCACCACCAAUCCACUGACUUCACUGAUCACCUCUGUCUCCCUAAUGAAGACGUGGCGGAGCUAGAAUGGCUAUCAAACUUCGUUCAUGAUUCCUUCAGUAAUUUUCCGGCAAAUAAUAUCUCCGGAACAAUUAACUACCGUACACCGGAAAACACAUCAUCCUUUCACGGCAACAGAUCUAGAACCAAACGAACCAAAGCACCUACAAACUCCACUACCUGGACAUCAACCGCCCCUCCGAUUAAGCUAGAAACCUACUCAUCGUCUCCGACGUCAUCUUCUUCUGAAACGACGUCGGAUAACGGCGUGGUCCGGCGAUGCACUCACUGCUCAUCUGAGAAGACUCCACAGUGGAGAACAGGUCCGUUAGGUCCAAAAACGCUUUGUAAUGCUUGUGGUGUUAGGUAUAAGUCAGGGCGGUUAGUGCCGGAAUACCGACCGGCGGCGAGUCCGACGUUUGUCCUGACUCAGCAUUCUAACUCUCACCGGAAAGUAAUGGAGCUUCGACGACAAAAGGAGAUGAUGAUCGGCCAGCCACAACAGUCAACGUCGUCGGAAUAUCAAAUGUACCACCAGCACCGCCAUAACCGUAAUAAUUAUGAGGUUUGCUGACGUCAUUUAGAACACGUGUCGGUAUCUUACCGGCAUUUGAUUGCUACGGUAUUUGUUUUGUUUUGUUGAAUUUUUUUAAUCAUAUAAACUCGGAUAAUUUGAUUAGAAGAAUACGAGUAGCUGUGAGAAAGAUUAAUGUAUUGAAUUUUGUCAAUUAAAAUGGGAAUGGGGAUAAAUUGAA